UUAUUGCAAAGCAUUUUAUCUGAAAAAUGCUGAACUUGGAAGCUCAGAUUCUCUCAAGAGAAAUCAUCAAACCAUCCUCACCAGAGAUUCAUCAAAGAAAACCCUUCAAAAUCUGUCUUUUUGAUCAGCUCACUCCCUUUACUUAUGUCUCAAAUGUCACAUUCUACUCCUUGAGUGAUACCAAUUUCAGUAAGAUGGACAUUUUGACUCAACUAAAGAGAUCUCUGUCAGAAACUCUCAAUAUCUUGUAUCCAUAUUCUGGCAGGAUCAAAGAUAAUAUGUUCAUCGAUCGUUUUAAUGAAGGUGUUCCAUUUUUAUCAGCUCAAAUCAAUUGUCGCUUAUCCGAAUUCCUUAAGCGUCAGGAGAUCGUGUCAUUGAACAAAUUGCUUCCAUGUCAGCCUUUCUGCAAGGAAUCAAACAAUGAUGCUCCCCUCUUGGUUUGUCAAGUGACCAUGUUUGCUUGUGGUGGGAUAGCACUAGGCCUAUGCUUAUCUCACAAAAUUACCGAUGCAAAAACAGGCCUGAUUUUAAGCAAUGUCUGGAGUGAAGUCUCUCGUGGAAUAUCCCAUCAUAAUAUUGGAAACCCUACAUUACCUGAGGCAUCCUUGGUCUUUCCACCAAAAAAUCCAAUGCCACAAAAUUACUUGUCAAUGAUGGAAAACUUGUGGUUCACGGAAGCUAAUUACGUUACGAGGAGAUUUACAUUUGCUGCCAAAGCAAUUGCCAAACUAAAGGCUAUGGCUAAAGGGGAAAGUGAGGCUAGACCAACACGCACUGAAGCAGUUUCAGGUUUCAUAUGGAAAUGUUCUAUGGCGGCGUCUAGGGUAACAUCAGGAUCUCUGAAGCCAUCUAUAAUUGUCCAAGCUGUGAACUUGAGAGCAAGAGGGAAACCUAAUUCAUUAGAUGAUUCCAUUGGAAAUGUCUUUUGGUGGGCGAGUGCACUUUCAAAUCCAGCUGAGACAGGCACGGAGUUGUCCGAAUUGGUUGACUUGAUGAAACAAUCCAUUGCAGCUUUUGAUGAUGAAUACUUGAGUUCGGUACAAGGUGAACAAGGGUUUCAAGUCAUAGCUGAGUACUUUAACCAGCUGGAAAUGUUGUUUUCCUUUGAAAGACCUGAUAUUUUCGCCUUCACAAGCUGGCUCAAUCUUGGCUAUUACAAAACAGAUUUCGGAUGGGGUCUUCCAUCUUCAUUGGCUCCAUUUGGAAAAGUUGGCCCUGCGUUUAGGAACCUCACUGUUUUUAUUGAAACAAAAUGUGGCAAAGGAAUUGAAGCUUGGAUAACCUUGGAUGAAGAGAGAAUGUUAGUAUUGGAAAAAGAUCCUGAAUUCCUGAAGUUUGCUUCUCCAUGUAUGAAGAUUUCAAGCCUGUGAGUGUCUUAAUUAGAAAUAAGACCUAGAUCAUGAUCAUUAUAGUCUCUGCUAAUAUGCUUAAUAUAUGUGUUGAUCUGCCAAUAAGUGUCUUUAGUUUUAGUCUUUCAGAUAUUCUUAAGCAUUGUAGUCAGCUGCCAAGGUUGAUCCUAUUAUCAGUUACAGUUUGUAUUAGUAAUCUAUUAUUUUAAGUGAAUCA